AUUGCCAGUUGAAGCAUCAAACCGUGACGGUCCAUUGGUCGACAGAAUUGUGCCGAUAUGAAGCAGCUUCAUGUUGUGUUUGUGGCACUCACGUUCCUCCUGACGGCUCCACAUGCAUUCUCACAAGGAGUUGACCCACACGGAGGUCACGGGUGGGCGAGGGACGACUACGGUGGAUAUAUACUAGGAUCCCAGAACAACUGUGUGUGUGUUCCUCCCAGUCAGUGUAGCAAUAAGUUUAUUACUGCAGACGGUGCUGGCAAUCUAGAGUCACGCAGAAGGUUUUUGCUUUUGAGUGGGCUGAGAGGAACGAGUUGUAAAGAACAUGAGAUCUGUUGCUUAACAACACCCAGGGCAUCACUGAAAUGUGGCAAAAAUAAUCCACAAGGCCUCGGCUCUGGGAUCUUUACAAGCCCGAAGAUUGGCCAUGCUGAGUUCGGAGAAUGGCCCUGGCAGGGCGCUGUACUGAAGGUGGAAAACAAAGUAACUAUUUUCAAGUGCGGAGCUACACUUAUCGAUUCUAGACACGUUCUUACUGUAGCUCACUGUGUAAAAAACUUUACGUAA